AUGGCUCUGAUCGAGGGCGUGGGGGACGAGGUGACGGUUCUCUUCGGCCUGCUGUCGGUGCUGCUGGUGUUGGCGCUGGCCUGGUUCUCGACACGCACCGUGGAGCGAGGGGACCCCGUCUUUGCAGCCACCCCACCUCUGGCCCCAGGGCAGGCUGGGGCAGAGGGCCUGCAGGAGGACGGGCUGAGCGGGCCAGGGGCCGGGGCGCGGCCGGUCAAGGAGGGAGAGCCCGCAGUGGGGGCCGCACCGGACGGGCCAGACAGCCCUACUGGAGAGCUGCGGCACAGGGCGGGCCUUGGCUCCCUGGAGCGCCCCCCGCCCCCUGUGGGGGGAGGCGCCCCCUCCGAUAGCCUCCCAGCAGACGGCGGCAGCGGCACCAUCCUCUUGAGACUGAAGUUCUUGAAUGAGACGGAGCGCCUGGCCCGGGUGCGCCCCCAGGACACCGUGGGAGCCCUGAAAAGGGCCCACUUCCCCGGCCAGGAGCAGCUGGUGCGCCUCAUCUACCAGGGACAAUUGCUUCGGGACGAUUCGCAGACGUUGAGCGCCCUGCGCCUCACCCACAACAGCGUGCUGCACUGCCACAUCUUGCAGCACCGAUCGCCGUCCGUGCCCGCCGGCGCCCACGCCAAUGCCGCCAAUGCAGACGCGCACGCCGCCCUCAACGUGGGCAGCCUGAUGGUGCCGCUCUUUGUGCUGAUGCUGGGUGCCCUGUGGUACUUCCAGAUGCAGUACCGCCACGUUUUCACGGCCACGGCCACCACCUGCCUGGCUGGGCUCACCCUGGUCUUCAGCUUUGUGGCCUUUGCUGUGUACCGAAGAUAGUGCCUGCCUGCCUGCCUG